AUGGAGCAGGCACCGUCCUUACCACACCUUCACACAGGGUCAGUCCGGUUCAUGAAGGGGCCCGACGGAAAGCAUGCACACGUCCAGCGGAUCGAUGCAAAGGAUCUCGACCUGAACCUCCUCGUCAUGGCCCGGCAGGAGUACACGACCUUCCUUCACCACAUCCUCAGGGACAAGGUCAAAGCGGGCCUGCUGACUCAGUACAAUACCGCUGUUGAAGAGUCACCUUCACCAAUCCUGGUCAUCAAGACAUACCAGAAAAUCCUCAAGGAGACCCCCCUUUGGAACCAGAACAUUGUCCGACGAGAAACGGAGCGAGUUUUGGGCGAAUACCGGCCCAUGUUCCCGAACCUCAUCGCGCUCAUAUAUGUUGCAAAGGUCAAGAUCAUGGCGUCAGUACGAGUGACAAAGGGAACCUCGUACGUUGCUCUCUCAAUCCCCUCUCCAGAGGCCUUUGUGCACCAAGUAUACAUAGAGUGUGCACACAUCCUGUACGAAAACCCAACCCUCUGCCAUCUCCCCUCAAAUGACGUCCGUCUGCACUUUGAGCGCAACGACGUGCUGCAGGACGUGGUAAGGCGGGGCACUGAAGAAGCCCUCUCAAUAAUGCUUCCCGUCAAAGACAUCUUGAGCGAGUAUCUAAACAACUCAAUGCUUGAGAACUCUGUCUUCUCAAUGGGCGAUGAGGAAGAAGAUACUCGUAGGGAAGACAGAACAAGCGAGAGUGAAUCUUCCGAGUCAGACGAUGACAAGGGAGAUCGCAACCCGUUCCAAGGCACGAGAGCGGUCCAACAGGCCCACCUCACGAUAGGGGUCCGCUACACGAGAGCGGCCCUCCACGCGAGAGCGGCCCUCCAUGCGAGAGCGGCCCUCCACACGAGAGCGGCCCUCCACGCGAGAGCGGGAGCGGCCACCAACACCACCGGCAGCUGUCUGAUGAGCCCCAUUGGCGCUGCACUCAUUGGCGGGAUCCUGUUGCUCGGGGGUCUGUACUACAUGUAUGGAACCGAAGGCAGAUACCAAAAAAUGGACAAACAAGAGAUCUGCAGGAUCUUCUUCCUACCACCAGCAAUCCUAGCGGCAAGCAUCUACUGGUUUGUGUCGUCAAGGGUGGCCCCUCCCUCAGCUGCAAGGGUGCCCCCUCCCCCCCCUGUCGAGAUCCCUCAGGCCCCUGAGUUCGAGCAGGUGCCUGCGCCAAGUACGCCUAUCUUGACGGAGCCUUUUGCAGAUGAGUAG